AUGGCAUCGAUCUACGAAGGGACGUUCGACACGGCGUCGCUCCAGAAGGAGCUAACGCAGGCGCUGGACGAAGACCGCAAGUACAAGGCGACGGACGAGAUGAAGAAGCGCGCGAUUCACACGGCGGCAGGCGACGAGGCUCACGACCCCGUGACGUCGAAGGAGCUGCAGAAUCUCUCCAAGAGCGAGCGCCAGCGCAACCGUCUAUACCACAAGAAGAAAGCAUCGUUGAUGCCGGCGACGCGGCCGGCGACGCUCACGGGCGCCGACGACGGCGCGGCGCCGCCCAAGUCGUCGGUCGAGUUUCAACGCACGUGGCAGCGGAGCUGCGCGACCGACGCCGCCAAGCUCCAGUACUUGGAGCGCACGACGCCGGCGCGGCUCGCCAAGCUCUUCCUGGCCGAGAUCGACGCCGACCUCUUUGGCAGCAUCGUCGCGUGCCUCUGCCGGUCGCUGCGAGCGGUCAACCCCGACGGCGAGAUCGACGCGUUCGAGGCCGAGCAGGUGCUCGUACACCGCAGCAUGGCCAUUCUGGCGGCGAUUGGGACGACGCGGCGCCGCUCGCUGCUGCUUUCGUUCCUAACCGACGCCCAGCGCGACGACCUCUCGCAGCUGCUUGACCACUUGCACAGCGUGGCGGGCGACGCCAAUGAAGCGCUUCUCGACCUCCGGCGUCUGUAUGCGACACCGUAA